CCGGGAAGGAGUCUGCAGACACCACCGCCUCCACCCCAACACCAGCCCAGCCUCACGCCACCAUGUGCCACACCAGCUGCUCCUCAGGCUGCCAGGCUGCCUGCUGCUCGUCCAGGCCCUGCCAGGCAUCCUGCUGUGUGCCUGUGAGCUGCCAGCCUGCCGUGUGCUCACCUGUGAGCUGCCAGCCGGCUGUGUGCACACCUGUGAGCUGCAGGCCCACUGUCUGUGUGGCCCCCUCCUGCCAGUCCUUCGUGUGUGUGCCUGUGAGCUGCAGGCCUGCUGUCUGUGUGGCCCCCUCCUGCCAGUCCUCCAGGUGCUGCCAGCCCUCCUGCCUCACUCUGGUCUGCAGACCUGUCCCCUCUUGCACCCCUUGCUGCUACUGACCAUGAGUCCCUUUCUCAGCUGCUCUCAGUGCACACAGGUCCACACCUGUACCCUUCCCAGAAAGAGUGGGCCUCCAGCUUCUGCACGUGGCAGAUGAAAAGCAUCUGCUGAACCCUGUAAACUCAGGUGGGCACGUGGCCAGAUGAUCUGGCUCCCUCCGUGAACCUGCCCAUCCCCUCAGGGAAGCCCUGGUUCCCAGGGUCCUUCUCUGUCUCCAGCAGGAAACAAAACCCUAUGUGAGCUAAAUAAAUCGUGCUUUCCCAA